AUGGGAGUUGCUUCAAAUAACGGUAUCACAGGGAAACUUGUUUUAACUGUCAUUAUAACAUGUCUUGGAUCAUCAUUUCUAAUCGGAUACAAUCUUGGAGUUUUGAAUCUACCAAGAAAGAAUAUUGAAACAUAUUUCAAUGAGACAGUUGUUCCAAAUACUCCAGGAUUAGAUUCAAACUUCUUCUACACUCAUGCCAGUACAAUAUUUGUAGUUGCCGCUGCGAUAGGAGCAUUCAGUUGUGGUUGGGUAGCUGAUGGAUUUGGUCGACGAAAUGGUUUAUUACUCAAUAAUGUUAUUGGCAUUAUCGGUGGUGUAAUUGUUGGUCCUUGUGUUCUUGUCCAGCAACCUGUGUUAUUAUAUGUUGGCCGUUUUGUUAUUGGUAUUAAUAGUGGCAUUACAAUUGGCAUAGCUUCACUUUAUUUAACUGAAGUGGCACCACGUGAUCUGCGUGGUGGUAUUGGUGCUUGUCAUCAGUUAGCUGUAACCAUUGGUAUUGCUUUCUCGUAUUUCAUUACAUUUUCAUUUCUGUGA